GUUUCUAUUUGUUAUUGAUAUGCUUUAAUUCUAACCCUCAGAAAAGCCCUUUGAAAUGGAGCCGCCGGCCGCUGGUACUAGUUCUCCAGGACUUAUAGGUGCUACACCGUUACUGCCACCUCCAAUGUUAAGUGGCAUACCACCACCAAUACCUCCAGCAGUGGCAAUGCCUCCUAUUCCUGGAAUCCCUGGGAACAUGCCAGGCUUGCAACCACCUAUGGGUUUUCCUCCCAUCAUACCUCCAUUUUCUAUGCCUCCUCCUGGGUUUCCACCCUUUAAAGCGGACCUUGGAGCUCCAGCCCCGGAGGUUACACCGACUGUAAACCAAAGCAGUCCAUGGUCAGAACACAAAGCACCAGAUGGUCGCACUUAUUAUUACAACUCUGUCACAAAACAGAGUUUAUGGGAAAAGCCUGAUGAUUUAAAAACUCCUGCUGAGAAGCUUUUGUCAUCUUGUGUUUGGAAAGAGUACACAACGGAUGCGGGAAGGGUGUAUUAUCAUAAUAUAGAGACAAAGGAAUCUAGUUGGGUUAUUCCUAAAGAGUUGCAAGAGAUAAAGGAUAAGAUUGCUGCAGAAGAAGCUGCACAGGCAGCAUUAAAUGCAGACAUACCUCCUGGUGAAGUCCCUCUUCCAGCGUCUCCAGCUACUGCUCCAACCUCAGGCAGCUCUGCUUUAGAUGAAGCUAUGGCGAAAACCUUAGCUGCUAUUGACCCCAAUUUGGCUAAUAACAUUCCUAUUCCAGAGGAAAUAAAACCAGAAGAAAUUGCAGCACCACCUCCUUUAACUGGCACUGAUAGUAAUGAACCAACACCUGAAUUGCAGUACAAGGAUAAAAAAGAGGCAAUUGAGGCUUUUAAAGAAUUGCUGAGGGAUAGGAAUGUGCCUUCAAAUGCAUCUUGGGAGCAAUGCGUUAAGAUUAUUUCAAAAGACCCUCGUUAUGCGACUUUCAAAAAACUGAACGAGAAGAAACAAGCAUUCAACGCAUAUAAAACGCAAAAGUUAAAGGAUGAAAGAGAAGAGCAGAGGUUAAGAACAAAGAAGAAUAGAGAAAAUCUUGAGGAGUUUUUGCUUAGUUGUGACCGUGUGACAUCUUUGACAAAGUACUACAAAUGUGAAGAAAUGUUUAGCAAUCUCGAGAUAUGGCGAUGCGUGCCAGAUUCGGACCGAAGAGAUAUAUUUGCAGACUGCAUUUACACUAUUGCAAAACGUGAAAAAGAAGAAGCAAAGGCAUUGAAAAAGAGGAACAUGAAAAUGUUGGCACAAGUGCUGGAAAAUAUGAACGAAAUCACAUACAGUAGCACGUGGAGUGAAGCCCAAGUGUUGCUUUUGGAGAAUUCUGCAUUUAAGAAUGAUGUUAGUUUAUUAGGAAUGGAUAAAGAAGAUGCACUUAUAGUUUUUGAACAACACAUACGAAAUUUGGAGGCUGAAUAUUUACAAGAAAAGGAGCAGAUCAAAAAAAGAAACAAACGACAGCAGAGAAAAAAUAGAGACAACUUUUUGGCAUUAUUGGACAGUCUCCACGAAGAAGGCAAAUUAACGUCAAUGUCUUUGUGGGUAGAGCUUUACCCAGUGAUCUCAUCCGAUAUUCGAUUCUCUGCUAUGCUUGGUCAGAGUGGAUCAACGCCAUUAGAUCUGUUCAAGUUCUACGUGGAGAACUUAAAGGCGCGUUUCCAUGACGAAAAGAAGGUGAUAAAGGAAAUACUGAAGGAGAAGGAGUUCGAAGUGAAACCCGACACUACUUUUGAAGAGUUCGCGACUAUCGUAUGUGAAGACAGCAAAUCUGCGUCGUUGGAUGCUGGCAAUGUUAAGCUCACAUAUAACUCGCUAUUAGAAAAGGCAGAGGCAAGGAAUAGAGAGAAAUUAAAAGAGGAGUCAAAAGCACAGAAGAAAAUAGAGAGUGCAUUUAAAUGGGCACUUAGUGACGCAAAUGUCGACCACCAGCUUUCUUGGAGUGAAGUCAAAGAGAAACUUGACUUAAGUGCUCCUGAAUUUGCUGCAGUCCCUGACGAGGAAGAUCGCAUUAGGAUAUAUAAGGACUUCCAGCAUGAGCAGGAGGAAAGCUGCAUGCAUUACCAUCAUCCAAAAGCGUGCAAAACCAAGAAGUCUAAGAAAAAGAAACGCACGCGUUCGACAUCUUUGUCGCGGUCGGGGUCGGCGUCGCGGUCCGCGUCGCCGGACAGCGCCAGCUGGAGCUCGGACGAGCGCCGCCACCGCAGGAACAAGAAGAAGCACCGCAAGCACGACCCGCCGCCGAAAUCACCUUCACCAGAAGAGGGUGGCAUAUCUGAGGAGGAACCGUCGCGGCACAAGAGCAAGAAAUCAAAGCGCAGUGCGCCCAGCAGCGGCGACGAACACGAGCAUGCGCACAAGCCUAAGAAGAAGAAGGACAAAAAGGAAAAGAAAGAUAAAUCGGGUGGAUCUGGUGUGUGGAGUGACGCCGAGCUGGAGUCCAGGCGCGCCGCCCUGCUGGCACAGCUGCACGAGCACGAGGCCGACUGACGUUGCGUCACACACAUACACAUCUUCAACGACUACCCGCGCCGAACACAAACACAAGAAGCAGAACAACCACAGAAUGAUGCCUCCACAACGCAGUACACCACUGACGAAGAAGCAGGAAGCGUAGACAAUACCUGCGAAAUCUAACGAUGAUAUAUUAUACCUUCAUGUUAUUACAUUAUAAAUACACUUCCAGAUAUGGGCUAUUCAUUAGUACAGUGGAACACUUUAAUAUCUUUAUGUAGAACAUUUACUCACGGUAUAUGAAUGUAUCACUGUUAUGUGUCAUGUAAACAUGAUUGUGGUAUCAGUACUAACUACCUGUUCUCAGUUCUCAGGAACUACCUAUUAUUAUUAAUUUUUAAUACCAGUGGAAUUCAUAUUAUGUAUGUAUUAAAAUAAUAAAAUCACCUCGAUUAUGUAAGAUCCAUAAACAUGCUAUUAUUACCUAAACAGAAAAAAAUAUUAAUAAAAUAUAUCAUCAUCAUCAUCUUAAUUACAGUCUCAAAUCCACUGCUUAACAUUGGCCUCCCCCAAGGGAUGUCAGGAUACAUGGUUCUAAAUCACUUACUUCCACCGACUUCCUGCAUGUCUUACGAGGUCGUUGCUCCGUGUAGACUGUAGACUCUAGAGUGAGACCGCCUUACACGCCGCUAACCAAUACAGCGUAAUAUCAGUAAGGUUUGAAGUUGUAUCUUCAGAACCUUUGUCCGGUUGUCGGUUCUUUGAGCUAUAUGGGCGUUGCCACUUAGCGUACUAACCUUUUGAUGAAAUAUGUAGUUAUGAUAUAUUAUAAAUAGAUGAGAUGUUCCUAGGCCUAAGAAUUUAGAACUUAGUAUUUUCAAGUCAACAAAAAUGAUUGUUUAGCAUGUUAUUUUGAAUAAUAUUGCUCAGAAUCCGUAGAACCAUAGGAAUAAAUUAGUUUCUUUAAAUGUACAUAAUUUUUAAUAAAAUCUAAUGUUAUAAAUGAUAUUUUAAAGUAAAAUCGUAAUAUGUUACUUUAUCUAAAAAGAACAUUUCCAGAUUUAUGCUACUUUGUUAUUAUCAUCAUUAUUACACCCUAUCAAAAGAACAUAGGCCUCCCCCGUAGAUAGCCUCAUGAGGAUAUGUGCCGUAGUUGCCAUGCUUGGCAAGCGGGUUUUAUAUAUUUUGAGUUUGUUAUUGGGAAGAUUGGGUGACAAACGAACACACAGUCAACCUGAUGACAAGUAGAUACUGUGGCCUGUAGACAUCUACAUUUAUCCUCGAUUAAGAAUCAAAACGCAGUACCCCUAAGGACUAAGAUUUAAUGCCUCGUAUCCAGUAAAAAGGUUCUCCGAUUUUCAACCCUCACUGAAACUAAACACGGCAGCAUUAAGAUGUUAUUUUACGCUGGUAUUCUGUGAGAGCGUGGUCCUUCCCCGGCCGAGCAGACCUAUUCGUGCUACAACCAUAAUAUGACUGCAGCGUGGCUCUACCUCGUUUCGCCCAUCGUGACACCUACGGGUUGACAUGGAGUAGUGGAUAUUCUUACGCUGCUACUACACAGCAAAUGAUCAAUACACCUAAUUGGACCAAGAUAAUGGUUAUUAAAAAUCGAUUAAAAUAAUAACACUGUACUGUACUUUAGCUUUAAUUUCUUGCAACAAUAUUACAUGUGAACACUAAAUUGUAUUUUUUUUAAUCAUACAUGCUUGAUAUUUCUAUUACGUUGUAGAUAUAUUUUAUUAUUGUGUAAAUUCGGAGUUAUUGCGGGAACUUGACCGGCGAUGGAUUGCUGCUCCUGUAUUAUUGUUUAAAUAAUGGUUUGAAGUCGAUUUUGAUAUGUAAAAGUGGUGCGAUUUUGUGUAUUAAGUGUCUGCGCAUCUGAACUAUUAGUAGAAACGGUGAAACAAGAGCACUGAUGGUGAUGUGAUUCUCAAGAUAAUGUGUCUCUGCUUAGGCGCCUUGAGAUACCAUCGCCAACUGUGAGCUGUCUGCUGAUCAAGUUGCCGUCAAAAUCUCCCAAGGACUGCAUAAUGUAACGCAUCAACAUAUUGUGAAGCAGUGUACUAUGGUUAUUGUAGAAGGUUAAUUAUAUAAUGUAACUUCAGGCCCACAAGGUCUAGAACCCAGAGCCGUAAAGCCAGUUAUAAAAAAAUGUGUAAAUUCAUAAACAAUAUGAAUUUAAACAGUAUGUAAGGUUAAUAUAAAAAUAAGUCCUUUUCAUAUGCAUGGAGUCCACAAUUACAUCCUAAGAAAAUUUAAACUUAUUGUAAUACUCCAAAAAUAAAUUUGUUUUUGAAUUCU